GCCAACCGGAGAGGGUAAAAAAACUAGACUGUAACAUUCAUUGGUCGAGCAAUUAUCUACCGAGACUGUAACUGGUCGCCAUCAUGGUUCACAGGUCAAUCGUUAUAGAUACAGUAACAUGUUUUGUGUCAGAAGAGUUGUAGUUACCGCUGCAUUCGGGUAUAAGCGUUGAAAGGAAACGCAAGAAGAUUAACCGAAACAAUUGACUAAUUUUUCUACUGUGUUUCUCAAAGUGACGUUUCAAUGGUUGCACUAUCCACGUGGUGUGCCAAGGCUGCGGCCUUCAGGGCCGUGAUAAUGGGCGCCCCAGCUUCCGGCAAAGGCACAAUGUCCGCUCGAAUUGUCGAACAUUUUAAGGUGGCUCACAUAUCUAGCGGUGACAAGUUACGCCUUCAUAUGAACAGCAAUACUGAAUUGGGGAAAGCAGUAUCGAAUUAUGUGCUCUCUGGUAAAUUCGUUCCGGAUGAUGUAAUGAUCUCAUUAAUAACUAAAGAAAUCGAAGCGGUCGGACAAGAAAAUUGGCUGCUGGACGGAUUCCCAAGAACGCUAGAACAGGCGAAAAAAUUACAAAAAUCGCAUCCUGUGAAUCUCGUACUCUACCUUGACGUGCCUAACGACGUGAUAUUGAAUCGUGUGAAAAACAGGUGGGUUCAUUUACCCAGCGGACGAGUUUAUAACGUUGGGUUCAACAGUCCAAAGGUGCCGGGCAAAGACGAUGUAACUGGUGAGCCUUUGAGCAAAAGGGAGGAUGACAAGGUAGAAAUUGUACAGGAGAGACUGGAAAGGUAUGCGAAAGCAACUAAGCCCCUCUUGGUAUACUACGGCGAACUAGGAAUUCUGAAAAACUUCAGUGGGAAUACUACUGAUGAAAUGUGGCCACACGUAAAAAAUACUAUAACAGAUUUUAUGUCAAAGUUAUAUGAACUGACUAGGUGGACAAAAAAAUGUGGGAUUGAUCCAUAUAUUUUUCUGCAAUUUUUGUGUAUGUAUAACAAUUGAAUCAUAAUUUAAAUACUUUUCCUCGAUAUAGUACAAAGAGUUACAAUUUUUACUUCGUUUUGUACAUAUCAUUUGGUUUUAUAUUGUCACUUUUAUUUUUAAAUAUUGUUGAAUGAAAUUUGACAAACUUAUUACACGGUAGGGGAACGAAUAUUUUAUAAAAGUUGAGCGACGACUUGUUCGAAUUUGUUAUAUUUUAUACAAAUCAUUUAUAAAACAUUGUUGAUAGCGUAAUAAAAAGGGAUCAAAUAUGUUGAGGACCGAUUGUGAGUCGGUGAGAGAUAUUGUUAAUGUUCUAUAAUGGUGUACUGAAAUGUAUUCUGUUUAUACUGUUUUAAAUGAAAAGACAUAUAUAUGUACUUGUAAUGAUAAAUAGGAAAUAAACGUUAAAACUUAA